AUGGCAUCCAAAAUUCAACUACCAGAAACCUCCCUCUGGUCCAAUAAAAAAUGCCUAGCCAUCUGCCUUGUCGUCUCCGUCGCAAGCAUGCAAUACGGCCUCGACUCCGCCAUCAUCGCCAGCCUCCAAGCCACGCCAGGUUUCCUCGCCGUAUUCGGAUAUCCCGACCCCAACAGCCCCGGCGGAUAUGCCAUUGAGUCCACCUUCCAGAGCCUCAUCGGCUCCCUCCUAACUUUAGGAGCCUUCCUCUCUUCCCUGGUCGCGGGUGCGUUUGCGCAUUUUUUCGGUCGAAAAUCUGCACUGUGGCUCGCUUGCCUGUUUAAUUUCGUGGCUUGCGCUAUCCAGAUCUCGAGCACGGAGAAGGGGGCUAUCUAUGUGGGACGGCUGCUUCUGGGUAUCUCGAACGGGUUUUUGGUUACGUUCUCGAAUAUUUACUGUGCGGAAGCGGCGCCUGCACAUUUGCGCGCUGUUAUGGUGGCGCUGUUCUCGGAAUGGGUGAAUGUUGGCAGCAUUAUAGGUGCAGCUGUGUCAAAUGCGACGCAAACACGGUUGGAUAAAGCCUCGUACCAGAUUCCCGUGGGGACGCUGUUUAUCGUGCCCUUCCUCCUGACAAUUGGGUUGUUUUUCGUUCCUGAGUCGCCGAGAUAUCUGCUGUAUAGAGGCAGGAUGGAGGCCGCGCGUAAGUCUUUGAAGACUUUACGGGGUGGUUCGUUGCAGCACGAUGAAUUUGAACUUGAAUGGACCGAAAUGGUUAAAGGAAUAGAAGAGGAGAAGCGGAAUGCCCGAACCGUUGGGCCAUUGGACAUGUUCCGAGGAACUGACCUCAGACGCACCCUCCUCUGCUACGGCGUCCUCGCGACCCAAGCCGGCGCCGGCUCCUGGUUCCUCAUCAGCUACGCCGUCUACUUCAUGAUCGUCUCGGGCGUAACCGUCGCCGACUCCUUCCGCUACUCAGUAAUGAAUACCUGCCUAGGUUUUAUCGGCGUCAACUGCGGCAUCUACGCCAUGCGCCACCUCGUCGGUCGCCGCACGAUCCUCAUGUUCGGCGCCCUGAUCCAGGGGCUCUGCAUGCUGGCCAUGGCCAUUUCCGCCAGCGUUGGCGCGGACCCGUUUACGGAGCGCAGUUGCAUUAUUGCUUUCAUUGCGAUUUACAUGUUUGCGUAUAAUGCGUUUGUGGGCGAUGCUACUUACCCGACUGCGACCGAGUUGGUGAGUACGCGGUUGCGCUCGUGGUCUGUUGGAUCGUCUAUCAGUUUGGGGUAUUUCCUGGCUUGGUUGACGGGGUUUUGCUCGCCGUAUUUUAUUAACCCGGAAACUCUUAACUGGGGUCCCAAAUACGGAUACAUCUGGGCGGGAUCAAACUUCCUGUGCCUUAUCUUCUUUUAUCUGUUUGUACCUGAGACGAAAGGGCGUACACUGGAAGAGAUCGACGAGUUAUUUGCUAAUAAGUUAUCUGUCCGCGACUUCAAAGCAUUCAAGACAACGAUCAUCGAUAAGGCGGCGAAGGAAGUGCAAAACCAGCGGGUUGGCCUAUCGCAGAAGGAUUUGCCUGUUACUGAGCAUACAAAGAUCUACUGGAAAAUGAACAUCAGUUGA